CACUCUUCUCUCUGGCAAACUUGUGAAGCACCAAUAUGGACUGAAUGGAGGAAUAUUUUAAUUUUAUUUGUUCCCACAUGGCAGGGCAUUGGAAGAGGAAUUUAUCCGUACGUUACACGAGCCUCGAGGUUCAGCCUCAUCGGAACAGACAAAGAGAAGAGAAGGCGAGAGGUGACCAUGGAAGCUCUGUCUCACUCAGGCUUCAGAACAGCUGGAAAACUAGCCUGGCUGCUUUUGUCUCUGUUGACAUCGUGGACAGUCUUUUGUUCAGCUGACAUAAAGCAAACAAGAUGGCCAUUGUCUUCCAAGAAACCAGUUCUUCUUGCUUGGAAUGCCCCAACAGAGGACUGUGCCCCUCGACAUGACAUAAGUUUGUCUCUGGAACAGUUUGAUAUUGUGGCUUCGCCCAAUGAAGCAUUUUUUCGGCAGACCCUCACAAUAUUCUACAAGGAGCGCCUUGGGGUGUAUCCCUAUUAUGAUCAUGAUGGCCGUGCAGUGAACGGAGGUCUUCCACAAGAUGCUAGCCUAACUCAGCACUAUAAAAAGAUGCCUGAAGAUGUGCAAAAAUACAUUCGAGAUCCUGAAGCAAAAGGUCUGGCUGUCAUUGACUGGGAGGAGUGGCGUCCAUUGUGGAUUCGUAAUUGGGAUGCUAAAGAUCUCUAUCGGAUUAAAUCACGUGAAAUGGUGGCAAAAAAGAACCCUAAAUGGUCUCCAGAACAAGUGGGGAAAGUUGCACAGCAAGAGUUUGAGCUCUCAGCUCGCAGGUUUAUGCUAGAGACUCUAAAAUUUGUCAAAAAUAUGAGACCGAAUAAACUCUGGGGCUUCUAUCUGUUUCCAGAUUGUUACAACCAUGAUUACGUGAGUGGGCUGAAGAACUACACGGGCCGCUGCCCUGUUCUAGAGUUAGACCGCAAUGACCAACUUAACUGGUUGUGGACAGAAAGUACUGCAUUGUUUCCUUCUAUAUACAUGGCUUCUGCACUACAUUCUACAACUUAUGGACGGCUUUUUGUCCGUAACCGAGUAAAGGAGGCAAUGCGCCUAGCGUCUGUUGGGGAUGGAUUAGCACGUCCUGUUUUUGUUUAUACCCGACCUACCUACAUCAACCAAAUGACUGCCCUGACUGAGACAGACCUGGUCUCCACCAUUGGUGAGAGUGUUGCUCUUGGAGCCGCGGGUGUUAUCUUCUGGGGGGACACCUCCUAUACAAGCAGCAAGGCCAGCUGCUCCAGCAUAAAUGAUUAUCUGCAGGGCCCGCUGGGCCGGUACCUGCUCAAUGUGUCGACGGCAGCAGAGCAGUGCAGUCGGAUGCUGUGUAAAUCCCACGGCCGCUGCCUGCGCAGAGUAUCGGACAGUGACACGUAUCUGCAUCUCAGCCCCUUAACCCACAGCAUCACCAGCCUGCGUGGCCAGCUGAAGCUCACAGGCACGCCGGGCCAAGCUGAGCUGGCUGCUUUCCACACACACUUCCAAUGUCAAUGCUACAGUGAGUAUAGUGGUGAGGGCUGUGCAAAGAAAGAAAAAGGCCAGAAUAGAGCAGCCUCUGUCCUCCAGACCUGGCCCCUUUGCCUCAUAUUUCCACUUGGACUCCUUACCCUGCUGCACUGAGGAGAGCAUUUACUGUUUUUGCCACCCUUUCAAGGGACACUUGGAGGACAAAAUCAAUCAUUGCAGUCAGCACUAGGAUGGGCAAUCUCCCAGUAAAUCCAGUGGCUUUUCAUCUCAUACAAGCAGCAUCAUGAGGAGUCGACCAAUAAAAGUCACUUCAACUUAACAUAUCACUAACGGUCUACAGGGUACCAAUUAAAGUUUAUGUUUGGAUCAUUAAUUUAUGCUGGAGCUCUGCAGUAUCAGAUCAUGCUUCGUGCCGACCUGGACCUCCAGAUAACAGCACUCCACAUGAUCACACUCUGAAUUCACCAAAACAACAACUACUACUACUUCAGCAAACUGGAUCAGAUGCCUUAAAACCAUCGCUUCACUUCGAAGCACAAGU